AUGCAGCAGCCAGAAGAAGAAGAACUUCAAAUUGAGAGCAAAUACAUUAAAGAAAAGAAAAUUGGGGAAGGAACAUAUGCAAAAGUGUAUAGAGGUACAGAAAGCGCGACUGGACGGACCGUCGCCAUCAAAAAGAUAAAGCUCGUACAAACUGAAAUCGGGUCACAGGGCAUCGAAUUAUCAGCCGUAAGGGAAGUUAAAUGCCUACGUGAGUUACGACAUCCUAAUGUAAUUGAGUCUAAUCUAAAACUUGUAUUGGAGUAUUUGGAUUCAGAUUUGGAAAUGAUAAUAAAGGAUAAGAGCAUCCUUUUUCAGGCUCCCGACAUUAAGAGCUGGAUGUUAAUGACAUUACGAGGAUUGGAUCAUUGUCACAGGAAUUGGAUCCUGCAUCGGGAUAUGAAACCGAAUAACUUGUUGGUAGGGAAGGAUGGUCAAUUAAAAAUUGCUGAUUUUGGUUUAUCUCGUGAUUAUGGAGACCCUCAUGCUAAAAAUAUGUCACCACAAGUGGUUACUCGUUGGUAUCGAGCCCCUGAAUUGUUUUUUAUACCAUCUCAAUACGGUUUUGCGGUGGACAUUUGGUCAGGUUUUUCAGAAUUGGCUCGAGAUAUGAAAUUUCAAAAAUUCUCUAGAACUCCGUUACAGGUUCAUUUCAAAGCCGCAGGUUCCGAUGCGAUAGAUUUAUUAGAAAAGAUGUUAGCUUAUGAUCCAAACAAAAGAAUUAAUACGCGAGAGGCAUUACUCCACUCUUAUUUUCGUAAGCACCCAAGACCCACACCACCCGAAAAUUUACCAAAACAGCAAAAGAUACUUGAAAAUGCGAUCCAACAGAAAGAAUUAAAUUCCAAGCAAUCCAACAAAUCAAUUCGAGGUGAACUAACGGAACAUAAUAGAAACAAACGUAAAGCACAGGAAAGUAAUAAUAAAAGUGAUAAAAAGAUCCACCUUACUUGA